CACUGAGUCAAGCAAGCAAAGGAAACAAGUAUCAACUAUGGAUAGAGUUGAUUUCAGCAAAUACCGGCCACUAAACAGAGCUAUAUUGGCAGCAAAUUGGGAGGAAGCUUUAAUAUUCUUCAACCAACACCCUGCAGCAAUUAAAUCUCCACUUAACACGGACUUAGAGACUGCAUUGCAUGUUGCUGCUAAAGUAAGUAAUGCCUCCUUUAUGGAAAAUCUUGUAGCAUUAUUGUUGGAAGAUGAUGAACCAGUAGAAGCGCUUUGCCAAGGAGACGUCAAUGGGUGUACCGCACUUCACUACGCUGCCUCGCAUGGAAACAUUGAGGUGGCUGAUAUCCUUGUUCGCAGGAAUUCUAAUCUCCUCUAUCUUCACAACAACUAUGGUUCUUUCCCCAUCCAUUAUGCGGAUAUGAAUAAUCGCAAAAGCAAGGACGUCUAUCUGUAUUUCCUUGGUGUGACUAGGGAUGAUGAAUACGGGCAGCCUAAUCCAUAUGCAGGCCCAACUGGUCUCUCUUUGCUUGUUGACAUAAUCAUAGUUAAAUUCUAUGGUACGUAUAGUACUACAUCCAUCUUAAUUACCCUCUUUGCUUAG